AUGAGGGACGAGCGUGCCAGCCCUUCGCGUGUGCGCAUCGCUGUUAUUGGAAGCUCCAGAGUCGGCAAAUCUGCUCUCAUAGUGCGGUACCUGACGCGAAGAUACAUCGGAGAAUAUCACUCAAAUACAGACUUGCUCUACCGCCAAACGGUACCCAUAAACGGAACACCAAUAGAACUAGAAGUAAUAGACGUGUCCGGUUCAAACUCCGACAAAUUCCCCAGCGAACAGAUUCAGUGGGCCGAUGCUUGCCUUCUAGUUUACUCAGUAACAGACAAAACUAGCUUCGAAUACGCCACUGAAGUAUUGAAUGUAUUGAAGAAGCCACACAACAGCAGUCCUGCACAUAAUCCUAGUGCAGGGACGUCUGGGAUGCCCUUAGCACUUUUAGGAAAUAAAACUGAUUUGGAUCAUUUGAGACAGGUGCCCACGAAAGAAGGUCAAGCAUUAAGUGCUGCACAUGGCGCCUCCUUCAGCGAAGCAAGUGUAGCAGACAACACUGGCGACCUCUACCGUUGCAUGGACAAACUAUUAUCUGAAGUUAGGACGCCGCAACGCACGAGAAAGUUUUCCGUUACGAAAAUGCUUGGCUCAUUAAUAGGCGGACAAGCGAAUAACAAUCAGACGACGCGCGGUUCAGUUGUCGCGUGUCCCCGCGUCCCUACGCCGACUCGGCCCGCCCUUGCAGCUGCUGCGCCCUGA